ACAAACUCUCACCUCCUCGGCUGGCCUCCGCUCUCACUGGCCGACACGCCUCUCGAGUCUUCCUCUAAUGUCCACAGCGGGAUAGUCGCUCUCCAGCCCAGGCCUGGUCGCCCUCGAAGCACUCAAGUAAACCUUGAGGAUCGUCUACCAGCUUAGUCCUUCAACAGCUCAAGACUAAUCAUCUUUUGAAAGCGGUAGUCGUUCUUCAACUUGGAAGAAUCACCUUUACAAGUCGUCCACCUGUCUGACUUGUAACUCCAUCGCCUGAAGAUAGUCGUCCUCCACCUGACCUCGAAGUCACUCCUCUCUCUGCACCACCUCCUCGCUCCCUAACGAGCUCCUCGAGGCCCUAUGGCACUUGCCUCGCAUUUAAACGAGAUGGGUGAGGAUUGAAAUACAAUCGAACUGGAUUAGUCGUGUGUGUGUGUGGUGCAGGUAAUGGUAGGGAAGCCUGUGAUCGGUGCCUGAAGCGAGUUAAGCCGAUGAGAAGCCGUGAAUGGUUGGUGCGAUGGAUUACGGGACACCAAUCAAUCCAAAGCUUUUGUGAUGUAAACGCUCCCAUGUCACAAUAUUUCUUAGGACAUAUGCAUUAUAAUGAAAUCUUCUGUGACUAAAUUCAGAAUUCGAUUCGGAGUCCUCGAAUCGCCAAUCGGUGUUCUGUAAAUAUUCUUUUUUUUACAGCGUGUGUGAACAUAUAAGAAAGUAAGUAAUGUAUCAAAGAAAGCAUUGAGACAUAAAUUAAACAAAUAAGUGUGCCCUGAAUAUAUUCAAUUAUAUGCUCACACCUGGAGGCUAUAAUUUUACCUGUGAUACCACCAUGUAGACCUCAUAACCUUAUAUCUGAAGGCCACUUGGCCCUUAACAUUGCGUGUUCGCUUGAAAAACUGUGUAAUUAAUUGAAAGUUGUUUCGCACAUUUGAUGAAUAUGUGUUAUGUAUGGGCCUUAAAAAUAUGUAAUCGUACAAAAAUUAUGUACAAGCGACGUAUGUACAUUUGAUAUAAACAUGUGCAGGUAUUGAUAAUAUGUACGUCUGAUAUAUACACAUGUGAUUGAUCAUAUGCUUAUCUGACAUCGCGUAAACUAAGCUAAGUCCACCAGUAUUAAGGGGACCACUUUCUCCGGAACAGCAUAAUUUCACGUGUAAGUCAAACAACACGUUCCUGUAAUUAACAAAAACCUCAGUUGAAAAUUAGAGUUCAAGAUCAUAUUUUGGCAACUAGAUUCACACUAACUACUGAUUUAGCCUGAAGUAUCACGGCAUAUAAACACAAAAGGUUCCUAUAUCACUAUACAAUAAUUCUCAAGAGCCAGAACGGCCAGGAACGUGUAUGGACGACGUUCGUUUACAAAAAUUAACCAGAUUAGUGCAGGAGGGGAGAGUGAGAGAGAGAAAGAUGAAAAGAUAAAGAUAGAAAAAUAGAGAGAUAUACUAUAAGUUGUCCCUGUAUCUUAUCGGUAAAUCUCGAUUAAUCUCGACAGCUACACCCAAAACGGUUGGCUCCUUCACCACCAAAAACAGGAAGUGGAAAGAGAGGAAGAGGAGAAGGAGGCGGAAGAAGAUAAACUGCGAUAAGGCAGAAGUAACCAGGAAGUCGAUACGCACUAUGGUUCCCGAUAAGAUUAGCGAUACUCUAAAGCUGACUGGAAAACUAAUCUUCCACCGGGGAGGCCUCGGGACGCAGUACCUGCAGGGGGCGCUGAAGGGCAAGGACGGCUGAGGAGUGACGUUCUCGCAGCACCUACAGCAGUGUCCAGGGACACGGCCGGGACACUGGUGAUUCAAUAUAUUGAUAUAUGAACACGUGUGAAUAGUGAUUACAGAAACAUAUAUGUGACAUACAGCUUGUGGAUUACAGUUAGCGGAUUUUUAGUGCCAAGAAUUAGCGAGUAAAUACAGAAAGAAAAAGGAGACAGAGGAGCCACAAUUGUGUAAGGUUGAUCUGAAAGGUGAAGUGAUCUAGUCUCAGUGAGAUGAGCCACACUCGGCUCAGAGGACACAGGUAGCGUGGCUGCUUCAGGAAGGUUGUAACCACUAGAAUACGCACAAAAAAAAGGCAUAUUGGUGACCAUAAUGGCAGUGUUGGGCGAGGAGUCGCCUCGGCCACUCCAGUGCCGCGCGCCCUAAACUGCCAAUCAAAACAAAGGGUGUUCGAGUGACAGGUUAAGACAGGAGAGACAGACAGACGCCGAGAUGAUGACCACAGAUUUUCGAAUGAGCAAUUUCCUGGCCUUGGCGGAGGACGCGAGGAACGACAGCGAGUACAUUUUGUUGCUGUGUUCCCCCAACGAGUCGCUGCCCGUCCGCUACAGGCUGGAGUUCGCGUGCGACUUGUGCAACGCGAGCGACGUGCUGGUGCUGUGGGAGCGCGGGGUGUGCGACUACCCUCCCACCCCGGCCUUCAACGCCUCCAUCUACGUCUUCUACAUCGCCAUCCUGGUCUUCGCCGUGCUGGGGAACUCCGUCGUCGUGUACGUCGUGUGCUCCUCCGCCAAGAUGAGGACCGUCACCAACUACUUCAUCGCCAACCUGGCCGUCGGGGACCUGUGGAUGGCCAUAUUCUGCGUCCCCUUCUCCUUCCUCAGCACCCUCAUACUCAAGUACUGGCCCUUCGGCGGCCACCUCUGCGUCGCCGUCAACUACCUGCAGGCGGUGUCGGUCUUCGUCUCGGCCUACACGCUGGUGGCCAUCAGCCUGGACCGCUACCUGGCCAUCAUCUACCCCCUGCGGCCUCGUAUGACCCGAUUCCAGGCGAAGGUGAUCAUCGCCGUGGUGUGGAUCCUCUCCCUGGCCACCACCCUCCCCGUCGCCGUCUACUCCAGCCUCCUGACGCCCAAUAUCAACUUCUACAAGGUCUUCGGGCGGCAGGUGUGCAUGGAGGACUGGGGCGAGAGCCAGGCGGAGAACGACUCCCGCAUGGCCUACAGCGUCGCCCUCAUGCUGCUGCAGUACUUCCUGCCGCUGGCGGUGCUCGUCUUCACCUACUCCAGGAUCGCCAUGGUCGUCUGGGGCAAGAAGAACCUCGGCGAGACCCCCGCCAGGAUGGACAGGAUCGCCAGGAGCAAAAGAAAGGUAAGAUAG